CUUUCUUUGUAUGUGAAAGCUGCUUUCCUUUCCCUCUUUCGUCAUCUUCCGCAUUCACCGAAGUGCCAAUUCCGUUUCCCAAUAUCUCUCAACCUGCGUAUCCAAUCCAUAGAUUCGGUCGCGCGCAUAUCCGCAUAGGUUUCCACGGCGGUAUCCAUCUACUUGCAUGCGAUGAUGAUCCAGUAGGAGCCGCCGUCGAAUUCUGAAACGAUCCAACUAUGGGGAUGUGUUUCUCCCGCGGCGACAGAUCGCCGCCGAAGAGGAGAGGCUCCAGGCGAGUCACGAACCCGGCGGCGGACGGCGGCGCCGGGAGCAAUCGGUGGGCGAGGAUUCGGUCUUCGAGGAAGGAGGAGAACUUGAUUCACGAGCGGGCGCUGGCGGCGGCGAUUCUGUUCCAGCAGCAGCUGCAGAACGGAGGCGGAACGGCGCCGUUCGAUAGGUCGGCGUCGUUGAGGUAUCCGAACGGGAAUUCCAAGAGGAAUCAGGCCUUGCCUCGGAGCUCCAGCUCCAGAGCGCGCUCGCUCACUGAUCCCCUGCUUCAGCCUCAUCAGCUUGUUAAUCAGGAUAUCAAGCUUGACAACCUAGAGACUAACCAUUUUGUACUUGUUCAUGGAGGUGGUUUUGGUGCUUGGUGUUGGUAUAAAACUAUUGCUCUACUAGAAGAAGGUGGAUACAAAGUCACAGCAGUAGAUCUUACUGGUUCUGGUAUUCAUUCAUUUGAUACAAACAAUAUCAAAAGUCUCUCGCAAUACGUGAAGCCACUGACAGAGUUGAUGGAAAAGCUUAAUGAUAAGGAGAAGGUGAUUUUAGUUGGUCAUGAUUUUGGUGGUACAUGUAUAUCCUAUGCAAUGGAGUUGUUUCCUACUAAAGUUUCAAAAGCAAUUUUUCUUGCUGCAGCUAUGUUGACAAGUGGGCAAAGUGCCCUAGAUAUAUUCUCUGAUAAGGUUGAGUCAAAUGAGUUGAUGCGACAGGCUCAGGUUUUUCUUUACGCCAAUGGAAGUGAUCAACCUCCAACUGCUAUUGAUUUCGACAAAUCUAUUUUGAGGGACUUGCUAUUUAACCAGAGUCCGACCAAGGAUGUUGCUUUGGCAUCUGUCUCGAUGAGGCCGAUCCCCUUUUUGCCUGUUCUGGAGAAGCUCUCUCUUUCAGAGACGAACCAUGGGUCUGUGAGAAGGUUUUAUAUUGAAACCUUAGAAGACAAUGCUAUUCCCAUUUCUGUACAGGAAAACAUGAUAAACAAAAGUCCCCCGGAGCAUGUCUUUCGUCUUAAAGGUGCUGAUCACUCACCAUUUUUUUCCAAGCCUCAAGCCCUGCAUAAGCAUUUAGUUGAAAUAUCUAGAAUUCCUUGAACUAUUAUUUCAGUACCACGUUUAAGUAGCCCUGCUUGGUGCAGUUGUACUCACAUCAUCCAAAUAUUGUGGUAGACAGUUUAGGCGUCCUGAGUUUGUAAUUGGCAUCAGAGAUGCUGUUGGAGAUAAUUUGCUUGUCAUUGUCAUUUGAGCUGAUACUGAAAUUCAUCUAUUUUAGUUUAGAUUUUACUAUUCUUUCUUAUCAUCAAA